CCCCGGCCCUGCCCGCGGCGCCCGGCCUCCUUCCGUCCCCGCCGCGCUCCCUCCGUCUUCCGUGCGCGCCCCGCUCGGCCGGCGUGCCUCACGCCUAACGGGCGGCCGCGGGCGCCAAUCAGCGGGCGGCAGGGUGCCAGCCCGGGGCUGCGCCGGCGAAUCGGCGGGGCCCGCGGCUCGGGGAGGGAGGCGGGGCUAGCGCGCGCGGUGGCGGAGGUGCAGCUCGCCAGCCUGCAGCUCGCGAGCGCCGAGCGAGCCGCCCGGAGGGUAGAUUUACCAGGCUGUUUCUGAGUGUGGAUUGUUACCCCUGCCUGGUAAGAAAAUGUCGUCCAUCUUGCCAUUUACUCCGCCAGUGGUGAAGAGACUUCUGGGAUGGAAAAAAUCAGCCGGUGGGUCUGGAGGAGCAGGUGGCGGAGAACAGAAUGGACAGGAAGAAAAGUGGUGUGAAAAAGCAGUGAAAAGUCUGGUGAAAAAGCUAAAGAAAACAGGACGAUUAGAUGAGCUUGAGAAAGCCAUCACCACUCAGAAUUGCAAUACUAAAUGUGUUACCAUACCAAGCACUUGCUCUGAAAUUUGGGGACUGAGUACACCAAAUACGGUAGAUCAGUGGGAUACAACAGGCCUUUACAGCUUCUCUGAACAAACCAGGUCUCUUGAUGGUCGUCUUCAGGUUUCACAUCGGAAAGGGUUGCCACAUGUUAUAUAUUGCCGGUUAUGGCGCUGGCCGGACCUUCACAGUCAUCAUGAGCUCAAAGCAAUUGAAAACUGCGAAUAUGCUUUUAAUCUGAAAAAAGAUGAAGUAUGUGUAAAUCCUUACCACUACCAGAGAGUUGAGACACCAGUUUUGCCUCCAGUAUUAGUGCCUCGGCACACAGAGAUUCUAACAGAACUGCCGCCUCUGGAUGACUAUACUCACUCCAUUCCAGAAAACACUAAUUUCCCAGCAGGAAUUGAGCCACAGAGUAAUUACAUCCCAGAAACGCCACCACCUGGAUAUAUCAGUGAAGAUGGAGAAACAAGUGAUCAGCAGUUAAAUCAAAGUAUGGACACAGGCUCUCCAGCUGAACUGUCUCCUACUACUCUCUCUCCUGUUAAUCACAGCCUGGAUUUGCAGCCAGUUACUUACUCGGAACCCGCAUUUUGGUGUUCAAUAGCGUAUUAUGAACUAAACCAGAGGGUUGGAGAGACCUUCCACGCAUCGCAGCCCUCGCUCACUGUAGACGGUUUUACAGAUCCGUCAAACUCAGAGAGGUUCUGCUUAGGUUUGCUCUCCAACGUUAACCGAAAUGCUACUGUAGAAAUGACAAGAAGGCAUAUAGGAAGGGGAGUGCGCUUGUAUUACAUAGGUGGGGAAGUUUUUGCCGAGUGCCUAAGUGAUAGUGCAAUCUUUGUGCAGAGCCCCAACUGUAACCAGAGAUACGGCUGGCACCCUGCAACAGUGUGUAAAAUUCCGCCAGGCUGUAACCUGAAGAUCUUCAACAACCAAGAGUUCGCUGCUCUGUUGGCGCAGUCUGUUAACCAGGGUUUCGAAGCUGUUUACCAGCUGACUCGAAUGUGCACCAUAAGAAUGAGCUUUGUGAAGGGCUGGGGAGCAGAGUACCGGAGGCAGACAGUAACAAGUACUCCGUGCUGGAUUGAACUUCACCUGAAUGGCCCCCUGCAGUGGUUGGACAAAGUGUUAACUCAGAUGGGAUCCCCUUCAGUGCGAUGCUCGAGCAUGUCCUAGAGUCCGCCACCAGUCAGGCUCAUCAGAGACUCCGUGCAACAACUCUUCCGUCGUAGUGUUUGUGUAUGAUCCCGUGGACUGUUCGCUAGCCAAAAAUUCCAGAGCGAAAACAGCACUUGAGGUCUCAUCAGUUAAAGCACCUUGUGGAAUCUGUUUCCUAUAUUUGAAUAUUAGAUGGGAAAAUUAGUGUUUAGAAAUGCCCUCCCCUAAGGGGGAAGAGAAGACUGAAAGACUUGAUGUCGUCUUGUUGGGCAUAAGACAGUGUCCCAAAGGUUAUUAAUAACAGUAGUAGUUAUGUGUACAGGUAAUGUAUCAAGACCCAGUAUUGCAGUACUAUGCUGUUUGUAUACAUUUUUAGUUUGCAUAAAUGAGGUGUGUGUGCUGCUUCUUGGUCUAGGCAAGCCUUUAUAAAGUUACAGUACCUAAUCUGUUAUUCCCACUUCUCCGUUAUUUUUGUGUCUUUUUUAAUAUAUAAUAUAUAUAUCAAGAUUUUCAAAUUAUCGUUUAGAAGCAGAUUUUCCUUGUAGAAACUAAUUUUUCUGCCUUUUACCAAAAAUAAACAAACUCUUGGGGGAAGAAAAGUGGAUUAACUUGGAAAUCCUUGACCUUAAUGUGUCCAGUGAAUCUUAGCAGUCAUUCUUUGUGUUUAUUUCCUGCCGAAUUGCAUUAGAAGGAGACCUUACUGGAAACUUCCAAGCUCUUCAUCACAUUUCUGUUGAUACAAAACAGUACAGCGUGAUAUCACUCUGGUAAAAAGUUGUACUGAUGGCUUCUGGGGUAGUUAGUUAAACCUGAGUCCGGUAAAGGUUUGCAGAGAGUAAGUCCUUUUGUUUUAUAACCAAACUUCGGCAGAUAAUAACUGACUUGUAUAACCUGUUGGUCUAUUGAUUAACUUUUGUCUCAAAACAUGCACAGGUGGCAGUAUAAUUAUUUUCAGGGCUAUUCUAGAAUCAUCUCAGUAUGUGUUUCCUUCUUCCAAAGUCAGUCUAAUAAUAAAGUACCUUUCUGUAAAGGCAGCCGACCUUCUGCCUCGUUGUAUUAUAAAGUGGACCUUUUGUAUGUGGAGUGACGCUGAGGUAUGGUCAGCAGAUAGGGCCAUCAAAGUAUAUUCUAUGUAUUUAUGAAUGGAAUGUUAUAUAAUUUCAGAUUUUUAAAGAUUGGGAGCUAAGCCUUUUAGCCAGAUAUUUAGCCUGCAGUUGCCUGGAGUCUGAGCUCUUCUUGACUAGUCCUCAGUGUGUGGUUCACUGACCUUUCUGUUCUGCAGUAAGGAGAUCCCAGCUGCUCUGUUGGUCCUCCAUUGUGCGGCACACAACACUCAUGCCCAGUGUUGACUCCUUUCUUGUUUGCAACUCUGUAUAAAUGGAAAAUAUUUCCUGGUCUCCUUUUUGUAAAUUUUCAUAUUUUUGCAGACAGACACCUUUGAUACUUACUCUUUGAGAUCAUUCUCACAUGUAUGUAAAGGUAUCAUUUUGAUGCUUUUCAACACUUGGUUGUUUUCUAUUUGGUAUUUUCCAUUUUCCUAUAUUUGUGUAUGUGUUGUUCAUGUAAAUUUGGUAUAGUAAUUUUUUAUUCAAAUAUUGUUCACCUGUUAAUGUGCCGUGAACUUCCUUAACCUUUGGGUGAAGGUGAACAAGAUAGCUGUGGGACCUGCCUUUGCUGAGACAGCAGUUCGUUUAAUGCAUAUUCAUGUGUCUGCAUAGUGUGUAAGCAGGUUGCUGUGUGGACAAUGGCAGGGUGCUUCUGGUUAGCAGAGGGAAGUCAUCUGGGAAAGCGAUGUUUGAGCUAACCCUGGCCUAGAAGGAGUAAGCCAUGUGAAGAGCCGUAGGAGAUCAGCACUGCUGGGACAAUAUCAAACCCAGAGGCUCAGGCUCAGAAAUUGACUAUCAGGCAUCGUAAUUGUGCACACACCUUUAUGUGAAGGUGAGGUUGUUCUUCAGAUUAUAAUCUGUAGAAGGUGUCACUGCUCUGUGAUAGGUUGCUCCUGUCAUCUCACUGCAAUCUAUUCCUCAGACCUUUGUUGUAGAGGUUUCUUUCACCAGGUCAGUGCCACUUAAUUUAACAACUUCCUUUAUGUAAAUAUUCACUAGUAUGGAGCCCCACUGCUUGCUUGUGGACUUGUUGCUGCACACUGAUUGUCACUCCUUCUGGUGCCCAUCUGGUGAGAGAGCAAAUGUCCUGGGCGUUAUUGCUGUUGAGCCUGCCGGAGAUAAUAACUGUAAACUGCCCCUCAUUGAAGUGUUCACAGACUAGAAAACUUGUGCUGUCAGGGGACAGUUCUGGGAGCAGAGGACAUGCUAAACGAAGUGAUGCCAACAGUAGUACACAUUUCCAUGAUUUGGGUUAAGGUGUAGCUUUUCUGUACAGUGUGAAAUGGACACCUGCACCAUUGAGCAUGGACUGACACAGCAUGAACUCUCGUGUGGAGAGUGUUCAGUGGUCACGUUUGCUUUCGAGUGAAAUGCUGUGGCCUGCAUUACACUUGGUCUGCUGUGGCCUAGUUUUUGUUAAUUUUCACAUACUCCCUUUACCCCCUUUUUUAUAGGGAUGGUUUUUGUUCCACAUGGUACCUAGGGCCUCCUCUUGGUUAUUUGUCUUGAUUUAAGUUAUCCACGUUAUUUAGCAUCUUCCUUCAACAGGAAUUUGAAAACCUUUUAAACCAUGUUAGAACAUUGAGCUGGAUUAGGCCAGUCCUUUAGAAUACCACUGAAUUGGGCUCUGACUUAAAGACACUUUCCUUCUAGGAAACUGCUGAGCCACAGCAGUUAACCCUGACUAGACAUCAUGAUAUGUACUCAGUCAGCAUAGUCUCUGAUGCCUUUGUUCACCCAGCCACUGUGAGUCUGUGACUGUCCUGGCCCUCAGGUUGGGCUUAGUCCUGUGGGAGUUACUGUUGCUUUCAGGGCUUGUCACUUUGCCAGAAGAAAUCUGCAUGUGUUUUCUUGAGAGCUAAAUCUUCUACUUUCUGUACAUUCAUCUGAAUUCUACAUAUUUUGCCAUUUGUUUAAUAUCUAGGGUUUUUUUUUUAACUUAAACAAUAUUCAGUUUAAUGUAGCUCAUUUGUUUUUUAAGCCGUCAUGUUUUCCCCUUCAUUUCGUUAAUUUCACCUUUGUUGUGCCUUUGUUGUCCAUUCAUCCAGACUAAAACUCCAGUGAAAGCAAUCAGGUAAGUAUGCUCUUGCUAGUUGAAAUCAAAGAAAGCAGAUGCCCAUUUGUUUUCUCUACCUCUUCCAAGAGCUGCCCAUAUGUAUCUAUAAGACUUUUUUUUUUUUAAGAUUGUUAACUAGUAACAGCUAUUCUGUUAGGUAUCUUUUUUUGCUAGAAAAUAGCUGGUCUGGAAGUGGGCUGUAAAGUAGCAGGAGACAAUCUAAGCUGGCCCUUCCAUUUUGCUCAUGUGUUCUCCUUCUCUGUGCAACUUUAAGUGUUUCUUCACAAGGCACCCGAGGGCCUUUUCCCCUACUGUGGUUUAAGGCUUUGUCCUGAUAUAUCAGAAUUGUUACUUGUUUCACUUUUGGUUUUUUGAGACAGAGUUUCUCUGUGUAUUCUUGGCUGUCCUGGACUCACUUUAUAGACCAGGCUGGCCUUGAACUCACAGAGAUCUACCUGCCUCUGCCUCCUUGAGUGCUAGGAUUAAAGGACUUGCCUCACUUUGCUAAACCCAAGGCUUCCUUGGGCCUUGCCCACUCCCAUGAGCUAUAGUUUUUCUUUGUACAUAGGUCUUUCUCCCCUUAGUACUGUGCACUUCUUUGCAGGCAAGCGAGUGUUGUUCCUUAGUCCACUGUUUGAAUUGUACAAGUGGCUCUGGAAUUUUGCCCAGUUAAAUAUUCUUUUGACUGACAAGUAGCAAAUUGUCAAAUAUUAUUUAUUAUAAUUUAGAUGGUAACAGCAUUUCCAUCAGUUUGGGACACUCAGUGGUUCUCAACCUUCCUAAUGCUUCUCUGCUCUAAUUCAGUCCCUUGUGUUGUGGUGACUCCCAACCAUAGUUAUUUCCUUGCUGCUUCAUAACUGUAAUUUUGCCUCUGUUAUGAAUCAUAAUGUAGAUACCUGUUUUCCGUGGCUACAAGGCAGCUGCUGGGAAAGGGUCAUUUGACACUUGAGGGGUGACGACCCACUGGUUGAGAACCACUGUUCUAAAGUAUCAGACUUCAUAUAAUAAGAGUCUCCAAAGAUGGGUCCCCACUGUUAGUUCCUUUUCUCUUUUCAAGCUUGCUUGAUUAUUUCACGUGUUCAGAUUACCUUUUGUUUGAGGAGAUUAAGUAUAAUUUCUGAGUUUCAAUUCUUGCAGCCAGAAAAUGCUGAGUUAAUCUCAUGAGUGUUUCUGUGAUAAGAACUGGCUUCAUGUUUGUGUAAUUUCUUGAAUAGAGUCUUUGACCUUGGACAUAAUACCUGGCUUAUGAACAUGAGAGCUGCCUCAAACCUUUUAGUUUCAGUAUAUGUGUGUGAGUGUAUACACAUAUACACCCUCAGAAAAACUUAACAAUGGGGUCAUCCAAAGUGAUGAGUGAUUACAUUGUUUAAGUCUCAGAUCUCAGUAAAGACAUUCUUCAUUUGUAGACGUUUUCCUCUUGUGACAUAGUCAGUGUAUUUAAAAUGAAACCUACCCAGUCCUAACUUACCCAUUCAGCUGGUAUGCUGAUAUUUAGGCACUGUGGGGAAUCAUGGGGAAUUCAUUGGCAUCAAUAUAGCUAUCCAUAUACCUCUUCCCUAAACUGUGUACCCAGUGCUGAGGAUAACUUGAAUAACACAUCUCUUUGCCAUGAGAUCAAGCUCCCUAUACUCAAUGCUAGCCUAAAUUAAGGUGACGGGCUUGUCGUAGCCGUAAUCAACAGAAAGGAUUUUUCAAGGCUUCUUGGGGCCUCUGUAUCCUAACCAGCUCAGUGUUACAGUCACAGCUUGCUCCUGUGAAUCUUAGAGUGGACCCAACAUUUCACAAAUGCUUGAGAUGUAGGAUUCCUUGGAAAAAGGGAUGGUAGACAUGAGAUUGUUCAUUAACUCUGUACAUUGGGACAUUGGCAUUUUUCUUUUUUGAGAGAAAAUGACAUUCUACCUUCUCAAAAAGUCUUCAAAAGUGAAUUUGCUCGUCUCUGAUUUGAAAUAAUUAUUGACAACCUUAUUCACAGUCUAAUGAUUUAAGAACAAAGGUGAAACAUUGGAGUUAUGGAAAACGCUGAUUAUUCCACCUUCAAACCAGCUGUUACACUUCCUACCUGUGGCUUUAAGUUCCCUGGCUGGUUACAGUGUUAGUCACUAGAUAACUUCAUGAAUCCAAGACUAUUAAGUUGUGCCCUUUACAAUGUCAGUAGCAUAAGAGUUGCCUUUGGGGGAGCAUUUGUAGAGAUGAAAGUCUCUGUUCUUCAUGGAAAAGGUCCCCAAGAAAAUGCCCUGCCACUGUCAGUGUUGACAUUCAUGGACGGCUCCCACUGAAAGAAACAUGCUGUGAAAGGACCAUCCUGGUCCCCCCUCUCAGGAGUGGAGCCAAUUAUUGGCUUAUAGAGGUAUUUAACAGAGGUUGAUUUAAAUCAGGAGAAUAGUUACAUUUAGCAACUAGGUAACAUGCGUGAAUGUUUAACUUAAAAUCGAUUUCUGGAAGACACCUGACUUCAACCUCUGGCCUCUGAACUUGCCCACAUACUUGAGCACAGACUGAUCCACCCUAUUUAUUGGAAAAACACAGAACUCAGAUUGGGCACACAUUAGAACAGCUUUACCUUGGGCUCCAUUUAUGCUUUUCUUGACCCUGACAGUAGUCUGAGUCUUUUUAUUGGUGGUAGUAAUCUGUAGCACUCAGCACUUUCUAGGUGAGCUAAAUGAAGAGAACCCACACUGACUGACUGACUGACUGACUGACUAGUUUUUUUGGAAACCAAAUCAAACAGUUUCAGAGAUUGCUGGUGGCUCCCGCCCCAAAGCUGGCCUUCCUUGGAGCACAGUACACAGGGGUGUGGCUCUAGACCUUUGCAAAUACCUUCAAACUUACCUGUCUUCAUAUAUGAAACAAGAAUGUGGGAGUGUUGAAGGUGUUGAAGGUUUUCUUAUUUUAAAAGGAUAUAAAGUGAUACAAGAAACUGGGGUGUUCACUUAGCUCAGAAAAUAUCAACACAUGGUAAGGUGCUGUGUAACUGAACAGCAGGAAGCUUGUGAAGUCACGUCUGAAAAUGGGUCUCCAGGGUAAAGUCUGGUGUGCUACCACUAAUUGUGCUUGGUCUCAGUUAGCUAACCCUAAGCUAUUUCCAGGCUUCUAGCCAUUUAACCAGUUUGGAGGAAGUAGCUUUUAGCAGAAGUCUGUUAUUCUUAAACCCAAAUGUACUGGGAAAUUCUCUCUAGACAUGCUAAGGGAUGGUCCGUGACCAGUUACCCUAUCCUGCCUGGGACACGCGUCCCAGAUGGGCAACGCUCCCUGCUAGACUUGAGUGAAUCCUAGGCUUCCCGAGAAGAGUUGUCCUCCUUAGGUGUCUUCAGGAUUAAUCCUCAUGCUAACGUCAUCACAGCUGAUACAGCAUUGGUUGCCCCAUGGCUGUCAACAUUUCCAGUAUUUCCAAGGAUUGACCUAUGUGCUCUGUAAUCCCUUAUUACUCUGGAUGCAACCUAAGGUCUACAGUAACAAGAGUAGCAAACGGAGUUGAGUAUGUAAUGGGAAAGGGGCAGUUAGAUAAUUAGGGAACCAUGUAGGUGUCCUUUGUAUCCUUAUGAGGUGAAGUUUAAAGUUUUUGUAACCCAGAAACAGUGAAAUUACAGAUUUCUUCUCUCAUAAAGGAAAACAUGGUCUUUGAUGCUUUGGUGUCUGUUUUCCAACCUGUCCUACUCAAAAAGCGGGAAUGUGAUACUGUGUUUCUUUUUGGUGAGUGUUGUCUUAAAAUUACUAAACGCCAAAACCAGGUAAAGGAAUCAGUGUCCCGAUAGAGCUGGAGCUGCUUGCUGUCUCAUGUCCUACUCUCAAGGUGCUUACCAGCCAGCCUGAGCGCAGGAGCCAGGGGUUUUCUAAGACGCCAUGGACUUCACUGCGCAGUAUGGCGGACGUGAACCCUGUCCUGUUCCUGGAAGUCCUCAGUGGCUGAUGGCUGUGCACUGUGGUGGAGGUGUUAAGUAUUAUCUGUAAGCCUUCUCUUAAUGAUUGUCAGACAAUGAUGUGGUUUGUUUUUUGUUUUUUGUUUUUUUUUUAAAUUAAACAGAGAGCUGAGGCUUUGUUACAGCUGGUUUCAAGUUAAAAUUGUGGAAUACUUAUUUCCUGUCCACACCAAAUAUUUUAGCCUACUUAAUGUAUUAAAUAGUUCUGCUUAAGAAAAUGUUGCUAAAUGUUCUGUGAUUUCUGGUCGAUUUUUAUACAGAUAUGUGUGCAUCUCUAUAUGCAUUCACUUUCUACCUUUGCUCUGUGUUAAUAGUACUGUUGGCCUUGGAAUUGGAAGGUGGACAAUUUUCCUAGCAUUAAAAGAAAUAUUUGAGUUA